UAGUGGAAAAGAAGCACAACUCCAUACAUAUUCACAGUUUUUUUUCGUAGUCAGUUUGCUUGCUUUCGUUCACCGUUCAACAACGACUUAAAUACUCUACAGCUACUCCUCUUGUCUUAUCAAUUUAUUUUUGUCUUGUUACCGAAUAAAUACCGAUAAUACCUAAAUUAUGUCGUACCACAAGCCAGAAAGUAAAACAAUUCAAGAAUUGAAGGAUAUUGCUCAUCGCCUUCGUAUUCAUUCAAUUUCAGCAACUGAGGCUUCCAAGUCCGGACAUCCAACAUCAUGUGCGUCCAUAGCCGAAAUUAUGUCGGUUUUGUUUUUCAAUACUAUGCGUCUUAAUUUGAAAGAACCGCGUGAUCCGUCUAGUGAUCGUUUCAUUUUAUCCAAGGGUCAUGCUGCUCCAAUUUUGUACGCUGCUUGGGCAGAGGCAGGCCUCUUUCCAAUUUCAGAAUUGCAAAAACUACGUAAGAUUGAUAGUGAUCUUGAGGGUCAUCCAACGCCACGUUUGAAUUUCAUCGAUGUUGGUACUGGCUCCUUGGGACAGGGUGUAGCUGUUGCUGCUGGUAUGUCUUAUGUCGGAAAGAACCUUGACAAGGCUGAUUAUAGGACUUACGUUCUUGUCGGUGAUGGUGAAUCCGCUGAAGGCUCCAUCUGGGAAUCUCUGCACUUUGCUGGACACUACAAAUUAGAUAAUUUAUGUGUUAUUUUUGAUGUUAACCGUUUGGGACAGUCGGAACCAACUUCAUUGCAACAUCAAAUGGAAGUUUACCGAAAACGAUUGGAUGCCUUUGGAUUCAACGCAUUGGUUGUUGAUGGACACGAUGUGGAGGAAUUGUGCAAGGCUUUCGCAGAGGCAGCAAGCACUAAGAACAAGCCCACCGCCAUUAUUGCCAAGACUUUCAAGGGAAAAUUCUUCCCCAAUAUUGAAGAUCUGGACAAUUGGCAUGGAAAGCCUUUGGGAGCUAAAGCAGCUGAGACCAUCAAACAUUUACAGGGUUUGAUUGUGACUGAACAACGCACUUUGAGGCCGCAAUCACCAGUCAAGGCUAAGCCAGCUCCUCAGGUAAACAUUAAAAAUGUUCAACUCUCAUCCCCACCCGCUUACAAACUUGGUGAACAAGUUGCCACUCGUUUGGCCUACGGUACUGCCUUGGCAAAGAUCGGUGCCAAUAAUGACCGCGUUAUUGCACUUGACGGAGACACAAAGAACUCGACCUUCUCUGACAAAUUGAAGCAUGCAUUCCCAGAGCGAUACAUUGAGUGUUUUAUUGCUGAACAGAAUUUAGUGGGUGUGGCUAUAGGCGCUGCCUGUCGUGACCGCACCAUCGCCUUCGCCUCCACCUUUGCUACUUUCUUCACUCGAGCCUUCGAUCAAAUCCGAAUGGGAGCUAUUUCUCAGACGAAUGUCAAUUUUGUCGGAUCUCAUUGUGGUGUGAGUAUCGGUGAAGAUGGACCCAGUCAGAUGGGCUUGGAAGAUAUUGCUAUGUUCCGUACUGUUCCUGGAAGCACAAUCUUCUACCCAUCGGAUGCCGUGAGUUGUGAGAGGGCCGUUGAAUUGGCUGCAAACACAAAAGGAAUUUGCUUCAUACGCACAUCCCGACCAAACACAGCCAUCAUUUAUCCAAACGAAGAACCAUUUGUCAUUGGCAAAGGUAAGAUCGUCAAAAAAUCAGGUCAAGAUCACGUCUUACUGAUUGGCGCAGGAAUCACUUUGUACGAGUGCUUGAAGGCAGCCGCUCUGUUGGAAAAGAGUGGCGUACAUGCACGAGUUAUGGAUCCAUUCACCAUCAAGCCAAUUGAUGCUGCAAUGAUUCUGGAAAAUGGACGUGCGUGUGGCGGUCGUAUUGUUGUUGUUGAAGACCAUUACAGGGAGGGUGGUCUUGGUGAAGCUGUAAGCGGAGUUGUUGCCGAACAUCGUGACUUUGUGGUCAAGCAUUUGUACGUUCCAGCCGUGCCCAGGUCAGGACCAUCUGAUGUUCUAAUCGAUAUGUUUGGCAUCUCAGCUAACAAAGUCGUCGCUGCCGUUACAGAAGUUUUAAAAUUGUAAACACUAAGAAUGUAUCAAAAAUACCACCCCACAUAUAUAAUAUUGGGUAAACAACUUUAUUCCGUUUGUUGAAAGUUUUAUUUCAAUAAUUUAAAUUUUUUGUAUGGUACUUAGUUUUCGUUACGCAUCAUGUUUCCGCAAUUUUUCUAAAAGUAAUGCAUUCCUAUAAAGAAGCAAUGUGUUAUAUUGAAAUAAUUAAAUUAUUUUCGAAAAUAAAUGCAUUUACAACAAA